AUGGUAGAAAAAUAUUAUAUGGUGGACUCUGGGUAUGCCAAUCAACCGGGUUUCUUGGCUUCCUACAGGGGUCAAUGGUACCACUUCCAAGAGUAUUGUAGGUCUUCUAGGCAACCCCGAGGUAGAGUGGAAAUAUACAAUCACAUGCACUCAUCUUUACGAAAUGUCAUUGAGCGUUGUCCCCGGGAUUCAUUCCCCAUUUUGAAGCAAAUGCCCCCAUAUAAGUUUGAAACUCAGGUUGCUAUUGUUUUAGCCUACUGCACACUUCACAACUUUAUAAGAAUGGAGGUGGAAGUAGAUGCAAUAUUUGAUGAUGAAGCUAUGGAGGCGUUAAUAGAUGAAAUAUUUGAAGAUAAGAAUGAUGAUGUUCAGGUUAAUGUGCCGCAAUCUCGGUCGCGACCAAUGGAUAUUUUACAUGAUCAUAUUUGUAGUAUUAUAUGGAAUACAAUUCAGCAUCCUUGA